AAUACAAGGAAUUUGCUGCCUUCACAGAAACAGAUCCAUUGAAGAUACUGAAGCACUGCACCACUAGAUGGCUGAGUCUUGAGAAGUGUGUAAGGAGAACUCUUCAUCAAUGGCCAGCACUACAGUCCUAUUUCUCAAGCCACAAAGAUGUUGAAAGAUCUGGAGGACGAGUGAAAAAAAUUUCAGAACUUCUGACCAAUCCUGAAGUGAAGCUCUACUUUUUGUUUCUUGAUUUCAUCCUUGUUCCUCUCAAUGAGUUCAACACUCUUUUUCAGUCUGAUCGUUGUCUGCUGGGGUCCUUGAAGUCAGAAAUGGAAAGACUUCUCAGAAAAUUCACAGCAAAGUUCAUCAAAGCUUCUGUCAUUAGAGAACACAACACAGACCUUACUAAAGUCCCAUUCUACUCUGAUGAGGCCCAACUUUCAGAUGAACUCCUGGCUGUUGAAAUGUCAGCUAGAUCCUUCCUGGCAGAAGAGGAGGAAAACAUUCCAAUUGCAACACCAUCAAGAUUUUUCAUGUAAGUAAUACAGAAUCAAAAUUUAUCACUUUGAAACAUGAUAAACAACAUUAAGAAAAGAAAAAAAAAAUAAAAUAUAGAAAUCAUCUUAUUAUUAUCAUUAUAGGUUUGUCAGAAAAUUCUACCAGGCUGUAGUUUCAAAGAUGUUGAAGAAAUUUCCAUUUAAAGACUCUCUGUUACAGGAUCUCAGAAUCAUUGACCCCAAGAAUAGAAAGGAUGUUACAGCUGAGACAGCAAUGAACUUGGCUAAAAGGUUCAAGAUUCUUCAAGAUGAGGACCUGGACUCUUUGACUGAUGAGUGUCAUGAUUAUGUGGUUUCCCCUGAUGAUGACCUUCCAUCAGCUGAACAAGAAAUCAACACAUUUUGGAUUGAAAUGUCCCAACAAAAGCUUGCCAAUGAUCAACUCAGAUUUCCCAAACUGUGCUCUAUUGUUAAAGCCAUGAUGGCAAUUCCAAAUUCAAAUUCUGAAUGUGAAAGAGUGUUUUCUUGUCUUAAGAAAAUCCAAACCAGUUUCAGGUCAGAGUUAUCUCAGGAGACCAUCUGUUCCAUUCUAGCAAGUAAACUUAACAAUGACAAUGUGUGCUUCCAGUCAAUUCCAACAAAGGCAACUCUCCAAAUGGCAAGAACAGCCACUAAAACCUACUGUGAAGAACACAAAUAAAAACUUAUGUCUCAUUUAGUAUUGUUUUUCAUCUCUUUAUUCAUUAUAAUAGGUAUAUGGGGUGAAUAUUUAGCAAAAAAAUGCCGCGAAAAAUGUCGCGCACAAUGCUCCCUCUUUUGGGGUAAAAAUCUCCCUCUUUUUCACCACUUCAGGUUAAC